GGUACUAGGCCAUCCGCGGCUCUCGCCAACGCGGCGUCCCCACGCACCGAAACAAUGUGUUGAGUUUGCGCCUAGGACAGGCGACCACUCAUGACGGUGUAACACGCAGCACGCACACACUGGCGGUGCGCAGUCCGCACGUGCGUACCGGUACCAAGCUCAUAAGGCACAUGUCUCGCCAACAUCACGCGCGGCUGGAAGGACCACUGCCCAUCGCCACAUCCCCACCACUACUGACGCCGCCACCGCCCUGCCGCACUGCACCCUCACCCGCCGCCCGGCCGCCGCCCUUGGGCGCACCGUCGCUGCCGGACUGCCGCACCGCACCCUCACCGGCGGCGCCGCCGCCCUCCACCACCACCCGGCCACCCCCGGCCCUCUCCAACUGCUGCAUCACACCCAUUGCCUCGUCAAUGGCACCGCGGCCCGCUGCUGGCGCGCCGCCGCCACUGGGUACAACGGUACGGGUGAGAUGCAGGACUUGCAUCCGCUAAAAUAAUAAUGUGGUCUUGGGUUAGUCUAGCAAUUCGUCUCACGGUUAGUCCGGUGGCGCAGGGGAAGCUACAGAGCUUUCCUUUUGUAGUGAAUCAGUAAUGAUGCGGAUGAGCGCCUGUGCCAACAGUACGUGUGCGGGUGGUGGUGGUGGUGGUAAAUGUGAACAUGAGACGUGUCGUGUCCUACGCGAUGAAGCAUUAAUCGAGUGAUCAUGCGAGGUACAUCAAAGGUACUUCGGAUGCGUACUAGUGAGCAUUGUAGCAAUGGAGUUUUGCUUUCCCAAGUGAUGCGUAGCACUGACUGGCGAAUACCGUGAGUGCUGGUGUGUGCUUUAAUUUAUACACGUACAAAGGAGUACAGACCCACAUUAUGUUGGGACAGAGUCUUCGUAAUGCCGUGUGUGGACAAGAGGGCGAACAAGGUACUGAUGGGACAGAGUUUAGCUAGGUGGGCAGGCAAGGACAGGGGAGCAGGACGAAUGACGCGUGGCGUGUGGCGGGCUGGUAGAUGGCACGCAUGAAGUGCAUGGCAAGGAGGCAUUGCGCAUGAAGGGCUCUGCAAGAAAGUGUCGAGAGCAGACGGCGACACAGGAUGAUGUGCUAGGGGCAUGUGGAAGUCGGGAGGCAACAGGAAGCGGGCGGGGCCGCGCGGGGAGGCGACAUCAGGGUGCACAACGUGAAGGGCUCUCCCCUGGUGCACAACCAUGUAACACUACAGGCAU